AACUAAAGUCAAAUUUUAACAGGCAUUCAAAAGUCCUAGAAUGAUCUUGAAUAAUUUGUUUCUCAAAAAACUAAUAUUCAAUCAAAAAAUAUACAAAAAUCAACUAUUACCGGGGCUAUUGAAACGUACAUCUCACAGAGAUAUGAAAAUACCAGACUUUUCGAAAGAUAUGCAGGACAGUGUCGUAGAUCCGAAGACCAAGGUCACUGAGAGUGAAGAUACUCGGAGAUUACGCCCUUAUAUCAAUUCUGCUGUGUAUAUGAUGAUUAUGUUGUACGGGACCAAAGCUGAGAUAGUUAGGUAUGUGAAGUUUAUGGACGCAUCAGCUGAUGUACUGGCAUUAGCGAAAAUCGAAAUUAACCUUGACGAAAUUGCUGAAAAUAGGAACGUUACCUUUAAAUGGAGAGGAAAACCCUUAAUGGUCUGGCACCGAACUGACGCUGAUAUAGAAGCAGUGCGUAAGAUUCCUUUGAAUAUCCUCAGAGAUCCAGAAAAAGAUGAAGACCGAGUCAUAGAUCCUAAAUGGUUAGUUGUUAUGGGAAUAUGCACUCAUUUAGGUUGUGUCCCAGUAUCACAUCAAGGCGAUUACGGCGGUUACUAUUGCCCUUGUCACGGAUCGCAUUUUGAUAUAUCUGGACGUACAAGAAAAGGGCCAGCUCCUACAAACAUGGAGAUACCUUACUACACCAUUUCUGGAAAUAUACUCAGUGUUGGAUAAUUUAUUCAAACAAAUUUGUUUUUCAGAUUUCUGAGUUAUUACAAAAUAUAUUUUGAAAUAAUUUCUCUUUAUUUACUAGUAUAUAA